CUUCUCCUUCAGAGUCUGGCUGAGCUGGAAGUGUUGUGUACUCAUCUCUACAUCAGGACUGAUCUGACCCAGAGAAUUGAGGCUGAGAAAGCAUUCGUGGAACUGAUUGACAGACCAGAAUGUCUCAACAAGUGUCAGCUGUUAUUAGAGCAAGGAACAACAACCUCCUAUGUGCAGCUCCUUGCAGCAAUGUGCCUGUCAAAACUUGUCAACUGAGUCAUCCCUUUGCCAGUCGAACAGAGGAUUGAUAUCAGUGAGGAACUACAUUCUUAUGUGGCAUCGCAGCCCAAGCUGGUUUCCUUUGUUAUCCAAGCUCUAAUGCAAGUUAUCGCCAAAAUCACUAAGCUCAGCUGGUUUGAGAUUCAGAAAGAUCAGUUUGUCUUCAGAGAGAUUAUUGCUGAUGUGAAGAAGUUUCUUCAGAUAAGAAGUUACUAUGAAAGUACCAGGGAAGUACUUUUAGCUCGAACUCUGCUUAUGAAAGAGGAAGUUGAUUACUCAAGACCUUCAGCAAGACACAGAAAAAUAGCUGCCUCGUUUCGUGAUUCUUCUCUCAAAGACAUUUUAGUGCUAGCAUGCUCUCUUCUAAAAGAGGUGUUGGCUAAACCUUUAAAUCUUCAGGAUGAAGAUCAACAGGUCUUGAAGCUGGACCUCACCUGCCUUAAUUUUGACUUUAUUGGCAAUUCAGAAGAUGAAUCUGCUGAUGAUCUUUGCACAGUACAGAUCCCAACAGCCUGGAGAACAAUUUUCCUGGAGCCAGAAACAUUGGAUCUUUUCUUCAAUUUGUAUAAUUUACUACCACCACUACUAUCUCAAUUAGCACUUUCAUGUUUAGUUCAGUUUGCUUCUACAAGAAGGUCCUUGUUUAACAGUCAUGAAAGUGCCAAGUACCUUGCUAAUUUAAUUAAGGGAGUAAGGAUACUUGAAAACCCUCAGGGUUUGUCUGAUCCAGGAAACUUGCAUGAGUUUUGUCGAUUUUUGGCUCGUUUAAAGACAAACUAUCAGUUGGCAGAGUUAUUUGUGGUGAAGAAGUAUUCUGAAGUUAUCAGACUCCCCUUGGUUGCUAAUUUUACCAUCACUAGUCUACAGCACUGGGAAUUUGCCCCCAACAAUGUUCAUAACUUACUGACUCUUUGGCAGAGGAUGGUAACAUCAGUUCCUUUCGUGAAAUCCACGGAACCCCAUUUAUUAGACACAUACGCACCAGAAAUCACAAAGGCCUUUAUCACCUCUCAGUUGGAGUCUGUUGUCAUAGUUGUGAGGGACCAUCUGGAUGACCCCCUAGAUGACACAGCCACUGUGUUCCAGCAGUUAGAGCAGCGGUGCACCGUGAGUAGAUGUGAGUAUGAGAAGACAUGCAAGCUGGUGCAGCUGUUCGACCAACAUGCACAGAAAUACCAGAAGCUGCUGCGGGCCCCUUCCAGGAGCGCGGACCUGGCAAUACAGGAAGAGCUUAUCAACAUAGCUUCCUUUAACCGUGUUUCCUUUGCUGCUUCCAAAUCAGAGCCCAGUUCCAACUCCAGUGAGAUGAUCUUUCAGCUUAUAUCUUUAAUGGACAUCGGAUUGCCUCAGUGUUCUAACGAGAAAAUAGAGCUUGCAAUUCUGUGGUUCUUGGGCCAGUUUCAUAAAACCUAUGUUGCUUAUCAACUUCAAAGAACCUCAAAGGUAUAUGCCCGAAUUUCAGAAGUCUUAGGAAUAACAGAUGACAGCCAUGUUCUAGAAACAUUCAUGACCAAAAUUGUCACAAACUUCAAAUACUGGGGAAGAUGUGAACCUAUCAUUCUUCAGUUCCUAAAUGAUCUUUCUGUUGGAUAUUCUUUUAUAAAAAAACUUGUGAAAAUAGAUGCUGUGAAAUUUAUGCUGAAAAAUCACACUAGUGAACACUUCCCUUUUCUGGGCAUCGGUGACAGGUACAGUCUGAGUGACUACAGGUGCUGAACCACUUUCUACAUUGCCCUUAGCCUUCUGAUGGUCGAUCUAGGCGAAGAUGAAGACGAAUUUGAGAACUUUAUCCUGCCUCUCACAGUCUGUUUUGAAACAAUAUUACAGAUAUUCAACAACAACUUUAAACAAGAUGAGGUAAAGCGUAUGUUGAUCAGGCUGGCAAGAGAUCUUCGAGGGAUUGCCUUUGCGCUGAACACAAAGACCAGCUACACCAUGCUGUUUGACUGGAUGUACCCAGUGUAUCUCCCUGUCCUUCAGAGGGCUAUUGAGCAGUGGUAUGGAGAGCCAGCUUGCACAACACCCAUCUUAAAGCUCAGGGCUGAACUGCUGCAGAACAGAUCCCAGCAUUUGAAUUCUGAUCUAUCAUCUCCUAAUGGAAUUCUUCUCUUCAGAGAAGCUAGUAAAAUGAUUUGCACUUAUGGUAAUCAGAUCCUGUCCCUUGGGAGCUUCUCGAAAGAUCAGAUUUAUCCGAUGAAACUCAAGGGCAUCUCCAUCUGCUAUUCAGCUCUCAGAUCCACCCUGUGUGGGAAUUAUGUCAGCUUUGGCAUCUUCAAGUUGUACGGGGACAACCACUUUGACAACGUCCUUCAGGCCUUUGUCAAAAUGCUGCUGUCGGAGUCUCACAGCAACCUGCUGCAAUAUCGGAAACUGAGCCAGUCUUAUUAUCUUCUCCUGGAAUGUCUCACUCAGGACCAUAUGAGUUUCAUCACCAACUUGGAGCCUCCUGUACUCCUCUACAUCCUCACAUCUGUUUCAGAAGGACUCACUACUCUUGGUAAGGAUUGUGGAGAGCAUUGUUGUACCAGCUUAGAUUCCAUUGUCACCUACAUCUUCAAGCACAUAUCGAAAGAAGGCAAGAAGUCCCUGCACUGCAGAGACACUCCCCAGACCAGUCAGAGACUAUUGCAUUUCAUGCAGCAGAACCCAGAUAUCCUGCAGCAGAUGAUGUCCGUCCUCAUGAGCACCAUCAUCUUUGAAGACUGCCGGAACCAGUGGUCGGUCUCUAGGCCUCUCCUGGGGCUCAUCCUGCUCAACGAGAAGCACUUCAGCAAACUGAGGAUCAGCCUGAUCAGCACUCAGCCACCCCCCAAACAGGAGUUACUUGCACAAUGCUUCCAGAACCUGAUGGAGGGAGUGGAGCAAAGCCUCUCAGUCAAGAACAGAGACAGAUUCACCCAGAACCUGUCUGUGUUUGGGAGGCAUGUGGCCGAGGCCCUGCAGUGUGACGGAACCACAGAGGCUUGCAGCCUGGACAAGAUGAGCUGACCUGCCUUGGCAACCAUGAACAAGAGACUCUUGCUGGUCUGGGUCCCAGGACAAUGGUGUUGGUUCUGCAUGGCUCCCCGGAAGAUAUAUUUUUCAAGAGAAGCAACAACCACAAAAAGCCUUCCCUUUUUUUUUUUAUAUCAGUCUGGCCUGAUUCUCCAGGUUUAUAAUUGUGCACAAUAUAAAAUCAGUCUUUGCUGGAGGUAGGGGGCAGACGGAGGAAGCCAAGCAGGUUUUCUGUUUUCCUACUGUGUAUCUUUGUUCUCAUAAUGACAUGAGGGGGUAGAAGCAGCAUUUAACCAAAGAACCCAAUAAAGCGGG